AUGGCACCAAUGGCGACGAGCAUUGGUACCACCAACAACAUUGGCGGUAUUCGACCUCGUAUUCUUAUCCCUGAGAAAAUCUCGCCAGAUGGCCUGGCAAUGUUAGAACCGCAUUUUGACGUGGACGUCCAAUUGGGCUUAACCCAUACGGAACUCAUCGCUCAGAUCCCAAGUUAUCAUGGUUUAAUCGUCCGAUCGGAAACCAAGGUAACGGAGGAGGUCUUACUCGCCGGCAGGAAGCUUCGCGUGGUGGCAAGAGCAGGUGUUGGUGUUGACAAUAUCAAUGUGCCAACUGCAACGUCCCGGGGCAUCAUUGUCGUCAAUUCGCCCUCUGGAAAUAUUCUCGCUGCCGCAGAGCACACAAUAGCCCUGCUUCUCGCCACUGCUAGAAACGUUGGCAGAGCAGAUGGAAGUUUAAAACAAGGAGGCUGGGAACGAAGCAAACUCGUCGGUAUCGAAGUGGGACGAAAAGUUCUCGGUAUCGUUGGGCUGGGCAAGGUUGGCAUGAAUGUUGCACGAAUGGCAAAGGGCCUCGGCAUGAAAGUUGUAGCUGUCGACCCAUAUGCCAACCCAGACAUGGCACGCCAGGCGGGAGUCGACUUGGUGUCUGACCUCAAGGAAAUUCUUCCCAUCGUGGACUUUCUAACUAUCCAUACCCCCUUGCUAGCGACGACGCUGGACCUUGUUGGCGAAGCAGAGUUCCAGAGCAUGAAGAAGACUGCCCGAGUGCUUAAUGUCGCUCGUGGCGGAGUAUACAACGAGGCUGCAUUGGUGAAGGCUCUCGAUGAGGGAUGGAUUGCCGGAGCAGGAAUUGAUGUCUUCACUUCGGAGCCUCCGAAAGCAGACUCAGCUGCUGGCCAGAUCGCCAGGCAUCCCAAAGUAGUGGCCACUCCUCACUUGGGAGCCUCUACCGUCGAGGCACAGGAGAACGUCUCAAUAGAUGUAUGCACGCAAGUGCUCGAAAUCUUAAGGGGUGGCCUUCCCACCAGCGCCGUCAACGCGCCAAUCAUCCUGCCCGAGGAGUAUCGCAAGGUGCAGCCGUUUGUGCAGCUGGUCGAGAAGAUGGGGCGUCUUUACUCUCAACACUUCGUCAGGGCCAAGGGAGGAUUGGUUGGUGGCCGCAAAUUUGAGUUGAUCUAUCAUGGCGACCUGGCAGGAAUGUCCAACACGAAACCGCUGUAUGCCGCGCUCGUCAAGGGGCUGGUUGCCUCCUUUAGCGAGUCUCACGUUAACAUUGUCAACGCAACAAUGAUUGCCAAAGAAAAGGGCAUCAUCAUCAGCGAGACGCACUCACAUCAGCCAGGCGAUUUGUCAUAUGCAAACCUGGUGACGCUCAAGGCACACGCAGACGACGGCAGCGGCGAGCAAGUCAUCCAGGGGUACGCAUCAGACAAGCGGCUGUACAUCUCCAAGCUGGAUCGCUUCAACGCAACUUUCACGCCGGAGGGGACAAUGAUCUUUCUGCACAACUAUGACGAGCCGGGCAAGAUUGGAGGCGUCGGUAUGGUGCUGGGAUCUCAUGGAAUCAACAUCCGAUUCAUGCAGGUCGCGAGCCUGGACGAAGAAUCGAAGCAAGGUGCCUCUGAUGCUGUGAAGCCGGGAAACGAGGCUUUGAUGAUUCUGGGCAUAGAUAGACCAGUAGAUGAAGAGGUCAUGGAGGGGCUGCGCCGGUCUGAAGGAAUCCUGGAUGUGGUGUUAGUCCAGCUCGAUUAA